AUUUUGGCGAAGAGAAAAUAUGUGUGAGAGAAAGGUUAGUAUAGAAAAGGUGUUGUGACUGCUUUGAAAAAAUUGGUUAGUGCGAGUGUAUGACUGUUGUUGCUCUAGCCAUCUAGCUGAGGUGAACUGUUUGACAUCUGCAUUGGGAGUACAUGUAGUAUUUCUUUCGAUCACUUUUUUUGAGUAACUGGUAGUGCACUGUGGUGCAAGUUGGACCAUAAACUUCAACCACCAGAACGACAGGUGUUCUUCUCUCUCGAGUCAUGGUUCUGCAUGGAAACCAAGUGAAAACUAAUCUACUUUGUCACGGCCAGCUAGAGUGGCUAGAUGUCGAGCAGAGUUGACCAAGAAGUGGCUAUGGCAGGUGUAAGAGAUCCAGAGACCACGGAGAGAGCAGAUGCUACCUCCAUGACUCUUGGUCUCCGUCCACCUCAGGCUGAUGUCUGCGAAGAUGAAGCUGUCGUCAGUCCAGUUGCUGUUCCUGACCAUACCGAAAUUAUACCGUCAACUGCUGGUGCUGUAGGUAAUGGUGUCCACGGCAGUGAUGAAAGACUUGUAGGUACUGACCACUCCGAGAGCAGUGAGCAAUUGAAUACUCCCGCCCUUGGUGGUGUGCAUGUACCGAAUGGCGGGCAUGUUGGCGAUGAUGGUAGUGUCACCAAGUGCAUCUGUGAUUAUUAUCACGAUGAUGGCUUCAUGGUGUGCUGCGAUCGUUGUGCGGUGUGGCAGCAUGUUGAGUGCAUCCGCCAAGGCAACAGCAGGCGUCUUCCGGAGAAGUAUUUCUGCCACAUAUGUGAGCCAAGGGAACUUAAUGUGGAACGUGCUAAUGCUGUCCAGCUGAAAAAGCAUCUGGCGUUGGAACGCAAGAACAAGCGUAGACAACAGCGUGUGAUAGAGAGGGAGGAGCGUCUAAAGCAACAGAUGGCGCAGCGUGAGCGAAAGAAUAGUGCUGUGGCUGACGAUACCACAUCGGAGACAGAAGAAGGCAGCCAGUCAGAUGGGUCUGACUGCGCCCUUCCUGAGUUGCCUGAUUACUCAUCUCCAGCUUGUGCUAAUAUCUCACAUGAUCACCUUCCAGCAACAGCCCUUGUCAAUCCGGAUGGAAUCAAACCUGAGAAAGUCAAGCGGAAAGUGAUACAGCGGCAAUCGACGAGUCCAGGAAGCAAUGUUCUUUUGAUGUCCGAGCAUCUGCUGGAUGCUGUUAUGAUGGACUCCUUUGAUGAUUCCGUUGAUGUUCCCAACGGAGACAUCUGGAACUGCAAAACUGGCGCAUGGACUCAGCCUUUUGAUAACAUCAGCUCCAACCUGGUUGAUGAUGAUCUGCACGCACAGCUGAAGAAUCAAGUCGGUGGAGCAUCUACUGUGCCAAAGACAGAAGCCCAGUCUUCAUCUAACGAGUCAACUAGUGAUGUUCACACAGCAGAUCGACAGCCGUGUGCCAGUGGAGCUACGUCUUCAGAACAACCGUGUCUCGUCAAUGAAGUCCGACCCAAUCGAAAGGGUAUCAUUGCUGCUGAACCAAUCAAGUCUGGAACGUUCGUAGUGCAGUUCACUGGACAUAUAUCAAGUAGAAAGGCGUUUGAUGAAAGUACAAGCAAGCAGGCAUGGAUAUGCGGUGUACUCCCCUAUGUUCUGUUCUACCGUGGUCACGGAGAUCUGGAUCUAGUGGUAGAUGCCAGGUCGAAAGGAAACCUGGCAAGAUUCCUGCGCCGCUCAUGUACACCCAAUGCAGAAGUGCGGCCUUUCGUCUCGAAUGACUGUUUCUGCCUGGGUGUUUAUACAACUCGGGACAUUGCAAAGCAUGAUGAGAUCACCAUUGGCUUCGAUUUCCCCUUUGAGAAAUGCAAAUUCCCUGUGGAGUGUGCGUGCUUGCUGGCAGUUCGCGACCCGAAAAGCUGUCAUGUCGUGGGCUUCAGUGCCCGCUGUAUGGCUGGGCUUCGCGAGGAACGUCGCCUGAACAAACACACCCGCCAGGAGAAGCUGCACAUACUGCAAGCAAACCAUAUUAAGCGCCAGCAAGAACUACACAUGCGCUCGUUACAAGAAGAUGGUAUUACUGCGAAACAGAUCCAAAAAUCUGGUCCGGGUCGAAAGCCACGCUCACAAAGUACACGGCAAAGGAAAGCUGAGGACUCUGUUAGACCAGAUGGACGCCGGAUAAAGCGAACGUCUGACAGUAUUUCCGGAGAAAUCCCUAAGGAUACCAUAACGCCAACUGAAGAAAUAGAACAGGAUAUCGGCGGCACUCCCGAUAGGAAACGAGUUCAUCAUGAUGAUGAUGGUGAUGAUGAUGGCGGUUUGAGGAAGCGGCGGAAGACUGGUGUCCUUGAACUUGAUGAGGCAAGAAUAACAGCCGGUGAAGAGGAUGGCGAUGACGGUCAGUUGGAGGUGAAGGGUCGAGAACAGCGGAAACUGGAUGCUAUUUUGAAGCAAAUUUCAAGAAUGGAGGGAAAAGGACCAGCCGGAAGGCGGAAAUCUGUGGUUGAUGAAGUACCGCCGAAGAGCAAGCGGCCCUCAGUCGCAUCAACACCGACUACGCCCGGUCCUGCGAGUGAAAGGGAGAAACCCAAGAGCCUGUCUGCUGUUAAAAGCAGGCGAACAAGUAAAGCUGGCAGUGGUUCUCGCCGAGCGUCAACACAGCGCAAACGCUCCAGCCAGGGCACUAGUGAACCGACAUCGUUCGAGCCAUCACCAGAGAGUUCGUCUUCCAGCUCCUACUGUGAUGCCAGUACUCCACUUUUGAUGGCUGUCAACACUGCGUACGCAGAGCAGAACAGUGCCAUAGCCGGAGCAGCUGCCUUGCUGCAGCUGGCCCAGGAAUUCGAAUCACAGCCACCGCUGCCACAAGCACAGCCAAUGGAUAUGACCUCCCAGCAGCAGCAGCAGCCACCAUCUCCAUCGAUGUCAUUGCCAGUACCAGCAACACCUACUGUAACACCCACGCCUACACCAACUACACCUGUAUCACUCUCACUGUCCUCAUCGGGCUCCUGUACGCCUCGCAUGCCGAAAAAGAAAUUGACUGCAAAAUCUUGGUCUCAAAUGGACACAAAGCCAACUACUUUGGAUCUCCAGUGCCCAUCGGAAAGUGCUACGCCCAAAGAGGUGUCGCCAGUUUCAUCUGUUGGUGCAGUUACCUCAUCACAGAGUACAGCGGAGAGCAAACCUCCUACUGUUGCGGCCCCAGCAUCACAGACGAUGUUCAGUCCUGUUGUUGGAUCAGCUAAGAAACGGUGGCUGCAAACCUAUCAACAACCUCCACCCAGUCCACUUAUCCUGGCUACACAGAGCAGUGUUGGUUCUCCUGUAGCCACCUCGUCACAGGUCACCUCACCGCACAGUACAACAACGGAAGCGGUCACCACACUGGAUGCUGCUCUUGCCGCCUCUUCCCCAGAGUCGAAUGCAGCAGUUGAGUCACCCAUGCUGGACGUGAAGGUCAGCAAUAGCACCGUUGAAGUGAAGGUUGAGGAUAGCAACAAUGUUGAAGUGAAGGUUGACGAUAGCAAUGUUGAAGUAAAGCUAGAUGAUGGUAACGUUGAAGUGAAGGUUGAAGAUAGCCAAGUCGUAACGGUGAAUGAAGAAGCCAUUGAUCAAACGAAUAUGGAGGAGAAAAUGGUCAUCGAGGAAUCUUCUCAUGCUUCUGUUGAUGCAAAGUGUGACAAGCUUGUUGAGCCUGCCAUCAAAGCGGAAGUUUGCCAGCAGAGUAAUGGAGAGGCAGAAGAGUUACCAAGCGUAGAAGCAGCUGGGGCGAAAUUGGAGCAAGUUUCUGAUACGGAAGAGGAGCCCAUGGCUUCUCACACACCUAUGGCAUCACCAGACGCAACUGACAGUGCUGUUGAGUCCGAAACGAAACCUCAACUCUAUGAGGAUCUGAGUCCUGUGUCGGAAGACAUGAUGGGAUCUCCAGAACCUGCGGAAACGCCGGCCACCCAGCCCAUUUCGUUGCCAAUAGCGCUUUCUGCCCCCGCAACUAUGGAGGUGGAAAUGCUGUCACCAACGAAGAUCGAAGUGGUGCCUGAGAGCCGUGAGGCUGCUAAGACACCUAUUUCGAAUUCGUCAGUGUCUGCUGUCGCCACUAGUACUUCUGGCGUGCCUUCUUCAGCUCAGAGUGCAGCGUCCUGUCAGCCACAGAUGUUAUAUUCUCAUUCGCCGCUCACUUCUCCGCACCUCUCUUCACCAGGCAUAGGCAGUUUAGCGCAGCAUCGUCCACCCUCAGAUGCAACUUCUCCAACUGCAGCUGGUGUGGAAUUCCGGCGGUCUUCAUCUCGUUCGUCUUUGUCUGACCCUCGCUCCCGUUUGUCUGCUGACUCCCCGACUGCUGGCUCAGGUAGCAGUAAGGGUAGCGCUGCUAGUUCCGCCGCUGGUGCAAGUGGUGUGACUGGCUCCACGGCUACUGGGACUGCUACACCGAUUGUGCCUGCCGUUGUAGCCCCUACCAAAAAGAAGGUCAGUUUAUCGGAGUAUCGACGGCGAACACAAGAAGUGCGCCAGCCUCUCACACCAUUGACGUCCAGUGCACCGCGUAGUCCACUGAUGUUCCACAGAGAUAAUAGCACAGGCAGUAACAGCAACCCGCUAUCCCCGAACAACUUUGCCCGAUCACCCAUAUCACCGCCGGCUCCUCCGUUGCCGGAUGACGACAUGAACAUAUCACCACCCCAGCCACCUCCACCAGCAUGUGCCAGUCCCCCAGAGAUAGAUCUAAGUUCUGCACCGCCACCAUUGUUCUCCACUGGAGCAGCAGCAACCAGCUCUGUGAAAGGAUCUUCCCAUUCGUCCACCAAGCCUGCACCUGUGUACGAGCCUGUCAGUCCCGACAUGGAUAUUCCGUCACCACAAGAUACAUCACUAUAUAAUCGAAGAUUGUCAAUGCACAGCAGCUUAUCCUCAUCUGGUCAUGAUGGCGAAGUUCACUGGUCUGCUGGCCUUCCCGGCCUGAAGGUAUCGCCUUUAUCGGAUGCAGAUGAUGAUGUUGGUGGUGAUUCUGCACAGCCCCGGAUGGAGACCACCGGCACAUACACAUGUCUACCGGCCAUGGUGAAUGCACCAAGACCAGGGGCAGUGGCAACCGCACCGCAGCCAAAGUCUUUUGAACAGCGACGCCAGCAAGCCCUCCAGUCUGCUCAAAAGCCGGCACCGCAGCAACAGCAAAUACCCGAAUACACCAGCAGAGGCAUCCCGCCCAGCCAUGUUGCUGCUGGUUCUGGCUCUGUGCAGGCUAGUAUGAUACACGGAGCUUCUGCAGGUGUGCGUGGUAUGCCUGCUUCUGGUGCUACUGCUGCCGGGACACCUACCGCUGUAGCAGGCCAUACUUUAGUCUAUACCGGUCUGGCGCCGGUUGCUGGUGCUGGUGCUACUCCUCUUAGUCGUGAUCCCAGGCAGUCUUCAUCGAGUUCGGACCCACGACACGCCGCUGCAGCCGCUGCUGGUGUACGACCGGCCAGUGACCCACGCCAUGCUGCUGCUUUGGCUGCUGCUGCUGCCUCACCGCAGCAACAGCAAUAUGUCCAUCCACAGCAUUUACAAUCGCAGCAGUCAAUUCACCAGCAUCGGCAUGGGGCGCCUGCGAGUUCGUCCCAGCAGGCCGCAAGCACGCGCCGUGGCCAGCCUCUUCUUCAAACCCCAGGCCAGCAGCAACAGCAGCAGCAGCAGGCUCCGCAUCAGCAUCAAGGACAGUUUCCCUUCCAAGCACCUGGCUUCUUUCAGGGAUAGUGUUUGUCUUGUCUUGUGCUGCUGCUGCUACUGCUGCUGCUGGUGUUGUUGCUGCUGCUGCUGUCUGCAAUGUAUCCUUUUUGAACAAGCUUGUUUGAUUUAUUGUGAUAACCAGCUGUGAUUUGUGUUGUUGAGAGUGUUGAUAAAAACACCACUCAGAUCAUCAUUGUGUUGUUUUUGUGUCAUAUGUCAACUUACUGACCUCUUAUUCCCAUUGUUGUUAAGUCUUUCGGUUUGCUCUUUGCUCAUUCUGUGUUGCAUGCAUGUUAAAUUGCUCUUUGCUCUCUUUCAUGCUUCACUUAGGUGUUCACUGUAUCACCUCUGACAAGUGUGUGCGCUUUGCUUUCGUUUUGGUGCUGCUCAACCGUCACCUCUUUUUGCUGCUACAGUGUGAUGUACAUGAUCCAUGCGUGUACAUUUAUGCCUUGCUCCAAAGACAUGACUACUAUUCUGCAUGUAGACAUGUAGACGUUGCUACGGAAGCAUUAUACAAUGUAUUUCAAUACGCUGCGUGCGUUGCUACUUGCACUUGAUGUAUGCAUAUGGCUGCUGCCCGAUUCGGUUAUCAUUAAUUUUGGCUAUGGAUCGCUGCCAUGGCGUGAGUUCUUUUCUUAAUGCAAUGAGUACAAUGCUAGUGUAGUAACUACAACUGUAUCGUGGCUGACUUGUACCGAAAUCCACCCGCCAUCAAUGCAUGCAUCUUGAUCCUUGUCACAACUGUGCUGACACUACUACAUAUAGUAGAAGUAUUAGGCUGUGUUGUGAAUAUACCCGUUCUCAAGUAGAAGUAGUAGACUCUGUAGUAGUAGUAGUAGUAGUAGUAGUACCAGUAGGUAGUACUAUACUAGUAGUGAUGUUCUUCCACUCGGUUCAUUAAAUUUUAUUUCUCCGUGUUUUCAAUGGCAGCAGAUGUGCAUUGCCAUGGCUACAGUUCAGUGCUGUGUGACUUCCUUGGCUUGCCACGA